AUGUCUAACAUCAAAUCCGAGGGCAGUACUCGGUACGAGUAUUUCCCGCUGCGUGCGUGCACCGAGAAGGAGAUCGAGGAUACACACUACCAUAUUCUGAAGUUCCACUCGGUGAAGAAAGUGAACCCGCAGAAGGACUUUGAGGAGCCCGCAAGACUACACAGAAAAGAUCCCAAGAACCUGCAGUUCCAGCUGUCAUUGAAGGAGCUGGAGCAAAGGCGGAUCGAGGAGCGCAAGAACGAGCUGCUCAAGGAGCAGAAAAAGCGGGAGCUGCUUGCGCAGCAGGGAAUCAAGACAGAGGAACUGCCAACGGUGCUUCUGGACGACGACGUCGACUGGUCGAAAUUGCCUGAGGCGGAGCGUCGGUGGCGGGAGGAGGAGCGUCAGCGUCGCGAGGAGGAGGCCGCUAGAGAGGCCAAGCGAGAGCUCGAGAUGUCUGUCGUGGCGCCGGACGGAGGAGCCCGUCAAAGCAGACGGCCUUUUUUCAAGCGCAAGACAAGACAGGUCAAGGUGUUCGACGACAACAAGCGGAAGCUGCGGUACGAGGAGUACUAUCCGUGGGUUAUGGAGGACUAUGACGCCAAGCAAGCGUGGAUCGGAAAUUAUGAGGCAGGGAAUACCGACAACUACUGUCUGUUGAUGCUAGACAAUCAGAACAAAUGUUUCAAGAUGAUCCCGGUGGAGAAGUUUUAUAAAUUCACACCACGUAACAAGUACGCGACGCUGACGUUAGAGGAGGCUGAAGCCAAGAUGAAGGAAAAUAGCCAGACUUCUAGAUGGAUCAUGAGAAAGAUGCAGGACGAGGUCGAGAGAGGAGAGCGGGUCGAUUUCCGGUACAGAAAAAUGAGGGCCACUUCGCAGCGGGCCGAAGACGUGAAACGGUCUGACGACGAGACUCUCGAUUUUGACGACGAUUUCCAGGACGACGAGGAAGCUCCAAUUCUGGAAGGUAACGAGGAGGAAAGCAAGCUUGUGGAGAAAAAAAUCAAGAGCGAGCAGCUCCGUGCCAACAACCUGAUUGAAAAAGACGAGGACGACGAUUUGGACGAUCUGUUUGAGACGCGAAAGAUCGACAAGGAGGGCAAGAAGCUGAGAAGAGCUCUGGCAAAGAACGCCAUGAACGAAGUGUACGAUACAGAUGACGAGGAAGACCCCUAUCUUUCAGAGAGUGAGAUGGAGGAGGUGGAGACGCAGCAAUCUGCAGACACAAAGGUCAAGCAGGAGGAAACGGGCGAAUUACCUGCAGUUUCGAUCCGCAGAGCAACACCGCAAAUCAAAGUCAAAUCUUAUCGCGACGGGUUUGUGGUUUUGAAGGCCAGUAAGGAGGUCUUGAGCGAGUUCCCAACGGGCGAAUGGAACCCAAAAACAGCAAUCAAGCGUUCCAUGUCGCCUGAGGGCGGUUCCCCGAAGAAAAUAAAGGUCAAGCUCGAGAGCGACUCGGGACCUAUCACAAAGGGAGACGUGGAUGCACUGGUUGCCGACGGUCCGAUUCCGCUGCAAACACUUGUGAGACAGCUCAAGCACAAGGUCAGUCUGGAUCCAAACUACAAGGACGAACUAAAGAGAAUUUUGAGAGAGAACUUCAUUGUCAAGGAUAAAAUGGUGAUGAAGCGAAAGUGA